CAGUGCACAGGAUGAGAAGUUGUUCCGUAGUCCGCCACAGUCUGCUACUUGGCGCUAAGCAGUGUAGGACACACGCUAGAUUCAGCUACAGGUUCCGGGUCAGAGGUGCCACGGGUGACAGGUCGCCGUCCGUCCGGGUCGUCCAUCAAUGUUUACGGGCUGACAAUUUGCGCCGCGGUGGUCCUCGUUGGUUCUCUCGGCCCCCCUUUCUCAUGGCGUCCAGACGACCGGACAGCUUCGACGGGCUCACCUACCGCGGCAACCGGGAUGAGCCGCACUAUUCGGCGGCUUACUCGCUCCGGAGCGCGGAGCCGCAGCAGCCUCUCCACUGGGUCACUACGCCGCCAGAUAUCCCCGGGAGCCGCAACCUCCACACCGGAGAGCGGACGCCGCUCUACGACGAGCCGCCGGGAGCUUCUGGGGGACCUACUGGGGAGCGCGAUUGGAAUGCGGCAGCGGCGCAGGCUGGCGGCCCGCCUCCGCCUGAGCAGCUGAAUCGCCUCACAGGUUUUGGGAUCGGAUUCGUCAGUCUGUUUGCAGAAAACGUGCUGACUCAUCCGUGCGUGGUCUUUCGCCGGCAGUGUCAGGUGACCCUUGACCUCGCGCCUCCUCCCCCACAUCCACCUGAGGCCGCCCGCACCCACGAAUUAUUUUGUUUUUCCCCGCAGGUCAACUACCACGCGCGCUGUGACCACCUGAUGCCGUUCAGCGCACUCGCCGUCAUGUACGCCAUCAGCAAAGCUCAGGGUCCCAGGGCAUUGUGGAAGGGGAUGGGCAGCACCUUCAUUGUGCACGGCGUCACGCUGGGAGCUGAGGGCAUCAUCAGCGAGUUCACACCGUUGCCGAGGGAGAUUCCUCACCGCUGGAGCGCUAAACAGCUGGCCGGUCAUUUCCUACUCAAAGGUUUGACUGCGGUGGUGGCGCUUCCUUUCUACUGCUCCAGCCUGAUCGAGACCGUGCAGAGCGAGAUCGUGCGCGACGAGUCGUCAUCGGGGCUGCUGGAUUGCGUGCGUGAAGGUCUGGCCCGCCUCCUGGGCAUGGGCGCCCCACACAGUCGGCGCCUGCUCCCUCUCAGCUGCCUGCUGCUUCCCGCCGUGUGUCACGCCGUCCUGCGCUAUGCAGCGGCCACCGCCGUGCAGCGCGCCGCCCUGUGGCUGCACCGGCGCGCCAAGCAACGGCGGCAGGGCUCGGCCGACCCGCCGGCGGACCCGUUGGAGACCCACUUCCCGGAGCUGGCGGCAGCGUGGUUGGGCUCAUUAGUUGCGGACGCGCUGACCUUCCCGCUGGAAACGGUGUUGCACCGCCUCAGCCUGCAGGGCACCCGCACCAUCAUCGAUGCCACCGAUGGCGUAGCGGCGGGUAACGGCGGCAGCCCGCUGGUGCUGCCGGUCAACACGCAGUACGACGGCGCGGCCGACUGUUUCCACUCCAUCCGCCGCAAAGAAGGUUGGGCCGCCUUUUACCGUGGCUUCGGCGCUCUGGUGGCCCAGUUUGCGCUGCACGGCGCUUUGUUGGCCGCCGCCCGGACACUUCUGAGGCUGCUGCUGCUGGAGGCCAAGGCGGGCUAGAGGCGCAGUCCCAUACAUCCUCCGCGUGUCACCGUGGAAACGGCAAAAGAUCCUGUGUGUGUAUGUAUUUAUUUGGCUUGGACGAAAAUGGAGACCGCUGCAAAAUGAUCCGUUUCUUUAGGUUUUGGUAUUGUCGGCGUAGCCGGAGGCGACCCAGGUGAGCGCAGGUUCUCCGGCGACUCCCAACACCAUGCCAACCUCCAUCCUCACCAGGGCAAGGAGAGCCUGGCAACUACUGAUGUCACUUCCACCUCCCAAUAUUGUAAUUUAUUUACAGAACAAAAAAAAAUGUCGGUCUCUUAUUUUUCCCCCCCGCACUGUAAGUUAAUUGUAUAUAUAGACAUGUGAUAAAUAUUACGGCGUUAGAUUUGCUUAGUUCAGCAUAAAGACUUCACUUCUUGUCUCCAUGAACGCAUGAAGCCAAUAAGCAUUUCAUUUGUAUAAACUUGUCAUCAAACCAAAGUGGAAAAUAACAUCAAAAAAAAUUGUUAUCCGAAAACUUGCUAUUCCGAAACAUUAAAAUUCAGAUCUAAA